CGAACGGGAUGCUGCUUAGCUUCGGGUUAGCUUCGGGUUAGCUUAGCCUAGCCUAGCUUAGCUCCGGUAACGGUCCCGGCUCCUGCAGCUUCUCUUGUGUCGCGAUGACGUGACGCGGCGGCAGGCUCAGCUCGCGGGGCCGGGGAGAGGGGCUCGUUGCUCGGGUUAGCUGGCCGUGCUAGCUCCUGGUCGCGGUUCACCAGGAGCUAUCCUCCGGGGACACAGACAAGCAGCGGCCGGUCCGAGUCCCGGUGGACCCGAACCCGAACCCGAACCCGAACCCGGACCCGGACCCGGACAGGAUGGACUAGCAGCAGGAGAGCCGGGGAGCUCCGGGUGGAGUUAGCAUCAGGCCUGAACACCAACACUGCUUCCUCCCUUCCUUCCUCCCUCCUUUCCUCCCUCCCUUGGUCACUUCCUCCCUCCCUCCCUUGGUCACUUCAUCCCUCCCUUCCUUGGUCACUUCCUUGGUCACUUCCUCCCUCACGAUGGAGUCCGGCCUCAACCCGCUGCCACAGUUCCCGGAGAACUCGUAUAAAAUGACCGAGGAGGACGUGAAGCGGCUGAUCGAGUUCCGGGCGUCCAACGAGGCUCUGUUCACCGGGAAGAGGAACUCGGCCAAGAUAGCGUGGAGCACCAUCCUGAAGGGCCUGGGUCUGGAGGGGAAGCUGACCGCCGACCAGAUCGCCAAGAAGUGGGACAACCUGCGGACCAAGUACAAGGACCUGAAGCAGCCCUACCAGGGGCAGGACAGCCUGGGGGGGGUGGUGGAGUCCUGGCCCUGGUUCCACAUCAUGGAUGAAGCCAUGCAGGGUCGACUCUACAACAGCAGCCUGGUGCUCGGCCUGGAGCCCGCCCCCUGCACUGGUCACCGCGGCAACAGCCAGUCCAGCCAGUCGCAGGAGAACACGGACAUCCUGGAGUUCCUCAUCAAGACGGAGAUGGAGGACUCGGUGGCAGCGGAGACGGUGGAGGACGAUGGGCUGGGUCCCACGGAGGCUCCGCCCACAGAGGGAGUGCCCAUGGGCUGGAGGAGGAUGACCGAGUGCUCGUAUAAAAUGACUGAACCAGAAACCGAGCGAAUGAUCAAACUCCGAGCUGCGAACGAAGCGCUCUUCACCGGCAGGAAACAUUCAGCCAAGCCGGCCUGGAGAGCCAUUCUGUACGAGCUGGGUCUUCAGGGGAAGCUGACCACGGAUCAGUUGGCCAAGAAGUGGGACAACCUGAAGAGGAGGUACAAGGAGCUGAAGUUUCCUGCUCGAGGGGUGGAGACCAACCCCAGCUCCUGGCCCUGGUUCUACCGGAUGAACGACGCCAUGGAGGGACGCUUCGCCACCGUCGCUCCCAUCCUCACGCCCAUCGUGGAGGACGAAGAUGAAGACUGCGAGCCUCUGUCCCCGGCGCCCAAGAAACGUGCCCGCCGGAGCCGGGGGGGGAUGGCGGAGUUCCUGACGGAGUCGGAGAUGGACCUGCUGGUGGACCACGAGGAGAAGAAUGGCUCCACCGCGCUGGGAGAGCUGCACCGGAUGUCGGAGUUCACCUACAAAUUGACAGAAGACGACACCCGGCGACUGAUCGAGUUACGAGCUGCUAACGAGUCUCUGUUCACCGGGAGGAGAAACACUGCGAAGCCGGCCUGGAGGGGGAUCGUGAAGGAGCUGGGUCUGACCGGCAGGAUGACCCCAGACCAGGUCGCCAAGAAGUGGGACAACCUGAAGACCAAGUUCAAGGACCUGAAGUUCCCCCCCCGGGGCAUGGAGAACCAGAGCAGCCCGGCCUCGUGGCCCUGGUUCCCCCUGAUGAGCGACGCCCUGGAGGGACGUCUGUCGGGCCGAGCGCCCAAGGUCACGCCCAUCUGGAGCCAUGAGGAGGACGCCGUGUUCGGCUCGUCUCCUCCCGACAGGGACGGCGUGCUGGCGGAGAGGAGCGGCGUGUCGGAGCUGGAGGGCGUGGUCGGGGGGGGGGGGGACACCGAGUCCGACGGGAACGUCACCUACAUCGACGCCAGCGGAGAGGAGUGUUCGACGCCCUCGGACCUCUCGUACAAAAUGAGCGACCAGGACACCAGGACCAUGAUCCGACUGCGAGCCGCUAACGAGGGCUUGUUCACCGGGAGGAGGAACGCUGCCAAGGCCGCCUGGAAGGCCAUCCUGAAGGAGCUGGGGCUGCAGGGGAAGGUCUCGACCUAUCAGAUGGCAAAGAAGUGGGACAACCUGAAGAGGAGAUACAAGGAUCUGAAGUACCCUCCUGUCGGGAUGGAGAGUGUAGCAGACAGCGCCUCCUCCUGGCCGUGGUUUCACCUGAUGAAUGACGCCAUGGAGGGCCGGCUGGCCAGCAGCGCCCCCCUCCUCGCUCCCGUCACCCAGGACGACGACCAGCAGCUCGACCCCGCCCCUAGACACAGGUCCCGCCACGUCCCUCCUCCUCCUCCUCCACCCGCCCCCCCCUCUGACUACGGCCAGGAGGCGUUCUGCGACGGCGCCGAGCAGAACCAGCGGAGCGCGGAGGCGUGCGAGGGGCCGCUGGGAGGACUGGACCGGGAGUGGGAGAUGGUGGAGAGAGAGAGAACAGCGCUGGAGCAGGAGAGGGAGAUGGUGGAGAGAGACAGGGCGGCGGUGGAGAGAGAGAGGGCGGCGGUGCAGGCAGAGAGGCUGUGGCUGGAGAGAGAGAGGGCGGCGGUGGAGCGGGACCGAGCCAUGGUGGAGCAGGAGAGGGCGGCGCUGUGCAGAGAGAGGGAGGGGCUAGACCAGAGAGCCCUGAUGCUGAGCCCGGUCGGACCCUCCGGACACCUCAACGCCCUGAUGUAGACCACCUGCCGGGGGGGGUGGAGCUCGUCCCUGUAGAGGCUGCUGGUCUGUGGAGGUCUGGACCUCCUGCUGUGAGGAGGAGGUCAGAGGAGGCGUGGAGCUGCUGCUCGCUGGCGAGCGCCGGCUGGAUGGUGGCUGCUGGUCGUCCACACGGAGCCGGGACCUCACUGGA